GCUGACCCUUAAACACUCCAGCUUGACCCCCCUCCCCACAACCAGCUCAGAAAUGACAGGAAAAGACACCUCUGAAGCGUCUGUCUCUAGUCCAGGGGAGACCGUGCCUGAGCCUGCCAAAAUGCCAACCACGGAGCCUUCUGGAGAGGCCACAGCAUCAGAGUCCCCGGGGCAAGAGCAGGCUCCAGAGCCACAGAAGCCUGGAUCUCAGGCCCUGGACCCUGCAGCCCCUGAAGAUGCUGCUGUGCCCGCAACCACUAAGCCUGACCCUCCAAGUGAAGAUGUCCCCAGUGCCCCACUGCAGCUGACCUUGGAGGAUGUAAGCCACAGCUCUGUGACUGUGAGCUGGGAGCCCCCCGAGAAGCUGGGGAAACUGGGGCUCCAGGGCUACGUGUUGGAGCUCUGUCGAGAGGGAGCCUCAGAAUGGGUGCCUGUAAAUCCCCGGCCCGUGAUGGUGACCCAGCAGACGGUUCGAAACCUGGCCCUGGGAGACAAGUUCUUCCUGCGUGUGACUGCAGUGAGCCCCUCGGGGGCCGGCCCCGCAGCUGUGCUGGACCAGCCUGUCCACAUCCAAGAGCUCAUUGAAGCCCCCAAGAUCCGUGUUCCCCGACACCUUCGGCAGACUUACAUCCGCCAGGCGGGAGAGUCCAUCAACCUGCAAAUCCCCUUCCAGGGGAAACCCAAGCCGCAGGCCUCUUGGACCCACAACGGCCAUGCCCUGGACAGCCAGAGGGUAAAUGUGCGCAGCGGAGACCAGGACUCCAUCCUCUUUAUUCGCUCAGCUCAGCGCUCAGACUCAGGCCGCUAUGAGCUCACUGUACAUCUGGAAGGCUUGGAAGCCAAGGCCAACAUUGACAUCCUAGUGAUUGAGAAGCCCGGGCCCCCAAGCAGCAUCAGGCUCCUGGAUGUCUGGGGUUGCAAUGCGGCUCUCGAGUGGACUCCACCCCAGGACACAGGCAACACAGAGCUCCUGGGCUACACAGUGCAGAAGGCAGACAAAAAGACAGGGCAAUGGUUCACAGUGCUGGAGCGCUACCACCCCACCACCUGCACCAUCUCAGACCUCAUCAUUGGCAACUCCUACUCCUUCCGGGUCUUCUCAGAAAACCUGUGUGGCCUCAGUGAUUCGGCCACCACCACCAAGGAGCUGGCUCACAUCCAGAAGGCAGAUAUGACUGCCAAACCUAAGGGGUUUGUUGAACGAGACUUCUCGGAAGCCCCCUCGUUCACCCAGCCCCUGGCGGACCACACCUCCACUCCUGGCUACAGCACACAGCUAUUCUGCAGCGUCCGAGCAUCACCUAAGCCCAAGAUCAUCUGGAUGAAAAACAAGAUGGACAUCCAGGGUGAUCCCAAGUACCGAGCAGUUUCUGAGCAAGGGAUCUGCACCCUGGAGAUCCGGAAGCCCAGCCCCUUUGAUUCUGGGGUCUACACUUGCAAGGCCAUCAACGUGCUAGGGGAGGCCUCUGUGGAUUGCCGACUGGAGGUCAAAGCCUCCGCCACACACUGAGAAGCAAUAUGGGCAAGAGACUGGGACAAGGAGACAGAGAAGUGGGGACCCAGCCCUGGCCUACCUGCUUCAUUUGGUGGCUCCGAGGCUCUGGAUGAACUAGAAGUCUCUAGAGCUACACACUAGGCAGAGUUCAGCAUUGAGAACUGAGCCUGAGGAAAGACAGAGAAAGGUGGAGGCAGCUCUCUACCUGACUCCCCAACUUCUCUUCUGGCGGCUGGGUCACAUACCAGGGCUCAGAAGGACAUUCUCUGCCAGGUCCUGCAGACCCGAGGAUCGGGCCUCCAGGCCCCAAAUGUCUCUCCACGGAUACCCAAGACGAAGACUCCAUAGGAACAGCUAAUGGAGAGGCCUGUGGUAUCUGCAGGCCUCCCUCCGCCAGAGGCUGGAGUCCAGACCCAGGAGUGGGCUUGGCAGGCCUCAGGUCAGGCCUCAUGGGUACAAGAGUGCCCCAAAGGUGCGGUGACUGGUCCCCCCCUGCAGAGCUGUACACUGGGUGAGAAGCAGUCAAAUAAAUGUGUGUGUGGUGUUCCAGCAUGGGGCUUCUGUGGUAGUGUCACGGUGAAUGGGAAGAUACUAUGUUACUAUGCAGAGCAGACACCGUCACCAUGAGGAAGGUGCCAGCCGGAAGGGUCGCAUGGUAGCACAGGACAUUUUUUUAGACAUGUGAAUGUUCUGGAUCUUGCUUUCUGAUUCACAAUGUGCUACCCUAAAUGCGUAACUAUAGCAACAGAUACACCAUCUCCGGA